CGGGGUCAGGUGUCUCUUCACCUCCGGUGUGCUCAGUCUGUUCUCACCUGUUGGUUUCGGGGAAAGAGAGCGUCGGUUCAAUGCGCGGAGCUGGAUUAUUGUCACCGAACCCGCUGUGUGUUUCCUCCCCCGGUCCUCAUGUCCCAGGAUAAAGUGUUGUAGACCUGUUCAGACCGCUUCAGGACGGCUGUUGUUUAACUUCCCGGUGUGUCGCCUCACCGAAGCGACACGAUGCGGGAUGUUCACCUGAACAAUGAGACGUGCAGUAACGGGUCUGUGGUCAGGUUGUGGUGCGGCUUCCAGUCUGCAGUGUGUGUGGUCACUGGAGAUCAAACACUGGCCCACACACACCUGAAUGCCAGCGUUCUAUCGACAGAUGUAAACACAACCUACAACCUGUGGCUGGGCCUGACUCUGGCCCUGCUGUCCGCCUUCCUGAUUGGUGGGAGCGUCAUUCUCAAGAAGAAAGCUCUGCUCCGAUUGGCCAACACCGGUCACACCAGAGCAGGUGAUGGAGGUCAUGGCUACCUGAAGGACUGGCUGUGGUGGGGAGGCCUGUUAACCAUGGGAGCUGGAGAGGUCUGCAACUUUGUUGCCUACAUGUUUGCUCCAGCAACGCUGGUGACGCCGCUGGGUGCUUUGAGUGUCCUCAUCAGUGCAGUUCUGUCCUCCUACCUGUUGGGGGAGGUGUUGAACGUGGUGGGGAAGCUCGGCUGUCUGCUGUGUGUGCUGGGAAGCAUCCUGCUGGUCAUCCACGCCCCAGAGGAACAGGAAGUGACCUCACUGCAGGAAAUGACCAACAAGCUGCUGGAGCCUGGUUUCCUGGCUGUACGUGUAUCGGCCGUAUUGGUGCUGGCGGCGCUUGUGUUGUACUUCUCCCCUCGGUUCGGUCGAUCCAACAUCCUCGUCUACAUCAGCAUCUGCUCGCUGCUCGGCUUCACCGUCUCAUCCGUGAAGGGCCUCGCCAUCGCCAUCAACACCG